CACAAUCAGGAGUACCUUUCGUAAAGUUUUGAUAUAUAUAUUUUCAGUUUUGAACAUGGGGGAAUCUCCCAACCAUGGCCUGUCAGACUAUGACUACCUCGUCAAAUUCCUUGCCUUAGGGGACUCGGGUGUUGGCAAGACAUCUCUCCUAUACCAAUACACAGACAAUCUCUUCUCGGGAAAGUUCAUCUCAACUGUUGGUAUUGACUUCAGGGAAAAGCGAGUGAUACACAGAGCCCCAGGUUCAGAUGGUACUUAUGGACGAAGUCAGAGGGUUCAUUUACAGUUGUGGGACACUGCUGGGCAAGAGAGGUUCCGAAGUCUGACGACUGCAUUUUUCCGGGAUGCCAUGGGUUUUAUACUGCUUUUCGACCUCAGCAAUGAACAAUCCUUCCUUAAUAUUCGAAACUGGCUCACGCAGCUCUCCACCCAUGCCUACUGUGAAAACCCGGACAUCAUCUUGUGUGGGAACAAGGUGGAUCUGGAGGAUUCGAGGAUGAUCACAGAGGAACGGGCUCGGGAGGUGGCAGAAAAACAUGGACUUCCAUACUUUGAAACAAGUGCUGCCACUGGUCACAACGUUGCCAAGGCGAUAGAAUGCCUACUGGAUAUGGUGAUGUUAAGAGCAGAAAGAUCUGUGGAUAAGUCUAUUUUUAACCGUUCUAAAAAUAGACAAGGGUAUGAAGUAGACGAGGCCAGCAGUGAAGGCGGAUGUGGCUGCUGAUUGGAUGAUAUUUUUAGAAUUGUGUAAUAUGCUUCAUUUAGAAUUUCAAAACAAAAAUCAAAUCAACUGUAAAGGCUGAUGCUAGAAGGAAACACACACAUAUAUAUGACAGUUCAUGUACUGAUAUUGUUAGAGCUUAUUUGCACACAGCUUUGAACUGAUUUUGACAACAACCAUCUUUUUAUAGUUCCAUUCAUUUUCCACAUAUUUUAUGAUGCUGUUUUUUCUCCAAUCCGUUCGAAUUGCGUUAUUUGUUUUUUUCAUUUUGAACACUUACCAAGCAGUAAAUGAAUGAUAUAUACUUACUUGAAUAGAAAUUCAAAAAUAUAAGAACAUUAUGUCAUCAUCUAAUCUUCCAUACCAUCAAGUACAACUUGUUUGGAAAAUGAUCUAUUUUCUGUCAAUUCUUUUCAAAUGUUGAAGAGAGAAGAAAUUUCAUUUGAUAUUUAGAUUUUAUGAAUAGUUUGUUCGUAUUUUACCCAUUGUUCAAAUGCCGUGCCCAAGUAUAAGGGGCGAGAAAGUUCUUUAUUGUUGCAUAAGCCUAUUUAUAACAUUUCUAUUAAACUUGUUGACUGGUAUGUAUCUCUCUGUGCAAUAUGAACGCUUUAAUUAGAGAAUCAUUAACGUUUUUUCUUCAAUUAAAUUAAUCUGCUCUCUAUUUCAUUUGUUUAAUCAUUUCAUAGAAUAUAGAGCAUGGUUGUUUGCAAAUAAUAAAUAUGAUGCAUAGAAUCAAUCUCAUAUUUAUAGAUUAUGUAAGAUAAUAUCAUGUAUGUAAAAUGGAUGGACUUCCUGUCUUCUUGUUUCAUCGUUUAAAGGCACUAGACACCAGAUGAUACCGUUGCAGUAGAAAUAGAUGAUGGUCAAAAACUUACAUAAAGUUGACAUCGUUACGUAUGACUCAUUGAAUCAUACUUAUUGGUGCUUAUGAUGCAUGUAUCUUUCACCCUAUUUUUAAACGUGUAAACUCAGCUGAGACGGUGACAAAAUAUUCUUUAAAUCAUGUGAAAUGAUGUAUUAUUGGCCUCAUAUUUUGCUCAUAUUGAUAAUUAUGGGCUUGUUUUGAGGAAAAACUGUAUUUGUGGAUUUUGGGACCAUCUGGUGUGUAGUCCCUUUAAAGAGCAGCACAUGUUGAACAGUACAUUUUUACAAUGUAUAAACCAAAAUUAUUGAUGUUGGGUAAUUGUUAGGAGAUAUUUUCAAUCUAGUUGUAAAUAGAUUUGUUGAAGACAUUUAAAUUUAUAUUUACAACAUGGAUUCUUUUUUCUUUGGAUAAUAUUAAUAUUUUGGUUGUUUUAUUGCUCCCAUUUAAAAAGUGAAAUGUUCAUGGCUAGUGAUCCCAUACAUUUUUGUUAAUGUUUGAAGGGCUAAUUAAGUUGAUUUUUGAAGUAAAUAUUUCAAAUGUUUUGCAAACUUACUAAACAUUCAAAAAGAUAAGAUAUUGAUAAGCUCGCCUGUGUUUUCCUAGUUGAUGAACUGUUUUUGACCAUCAAGCUUGCCUGUGUUUUCCUAGUUGAUGAACUGUUUUUGACCAUCAUUUUGCUCAAUCUCUGAAUAAUUGAAUAAUCUCAAAGAAAUAUAAAUGAUAAAUAUUUAUGGACUUUCAAAUAUUUUCAGAAAUCCCCAUGAAAGGUGAUUAUUAAGUAUUUAUGUAUUUCAAAUUAUUCCAUUUGGAGACAAGGAGAUAAAUAUGAAUUUUUGUAUUUUGAAUUAUUCCAUUUGGCUGGACUUCUCAAGCUUCAGCACCCUUCCAAGAAAAAUUAUCUUGAACUAGCCCGAAUACAGUUAAGUUCAUUUGACAGUGAGAUUAUAGCCCAUAUAAGCCUGGUUAUUUAAACUGGCAAGGCCAAAAUAUUUUUACAUUCCCAAGCCGCCUUGUGCUAAAUUUGUUCACUGCACCAUUGUAUAAGAAAAAGCUGUUGCCUUGUAUCCAUAUUAUUCCUGAAUUUGUUUAUUGAACCAGCAUAAUUCCCAACCCUGACUUAAUUCUUGUUCAUUGCUCAUGUUUUGCAAUAGACCUAACACUAUGUUAAAAUGCUGUAGAUCUGGGGGCCGUUUUAUCAGGAAACCUUAAGUCAGAUUUUGUUCCUAAGAAAGAUUUUUAACAAUGCCAAAGUAAUUUUGAAAAUCUUUCUUAGGUACAAAAUCACAUCUUAUGAUUCUAGAUGAACCCGCCCCAAGAACCUCAUAUUAUCUCGUUUUUUUUUGCCUUUUUGGCUCGAAACAACCUUGUUCUCUAUGUUUUACCUCCUUUAUGUGUUGUUCAAAACUCAUGCCUGUGAUCCUCUUGAAUAUUUCUUCCAGAUUUCUAUUUUUAUUCAAUAUGUAUAUUGUUAUAUUUAUUAUAAAAAUUUGCAUAUACAUGUAUACUUUAUAUUGUUAUGGCGCCUUAAUACACUUUUAUUUGUUUGGUUUAUGCCAGGUACCAAACCACAAUAUAUCCUUCCUAAAUCGCUGGUGGUUCAUAGAGUAAUAUCAUGAUAUCACUCACUGUUUUGAAAAUGUGGCCCUUUCUUCUGUGUAACCAUAAUGAAAUGUUAGCAGGUACAAAGCUUGGAUGAAAUAGUAGUGACAUCAUUUCCAGAAUGCGUUAGCAGGUACAAAGCUUGGAUGAAAUAGUAGUGACAUCAUUUCCAGAAUGCGUUAGCAGGUACAAAGCUUGGAUGAAAUAGUAGUGACAUCAUUUCCAGAAUGACUUGAUUUCACAAAUUAUUAAGACGUGCUUUUGCAAUUAAAUACCAAUUAGCUUCAUUCUGAAUUAGUUUAAAAAAUAAAAUAAAAAUGUUUGUUUCAAUGGAAUUUUCAUUUAAUAAUAAUCUUGUGCACUGAAAGAUCACACGUUGACUUACACUUUUUUGACAAUACAAUAGGAAUACUCAGUUAACCUUCUUACUCUGCACACUUUUAACAGCCCUACUGCAUUCAUACCCGAUAAUGAAAACAUUCACGCAAUUUAUUCUUUAAGACACUACAAUAGGAAUACUCAGUUAACCUUCUUACUCUGCACACUUUUAACAGCCCUACUGCGUUCAUACCCCGAUAAUGAAAACAACCACACAAUUUAUUCCUUAAGACACUACAAUUGUAUACCGUUGUUUGGUACUUCUGGCAUUAACCUCAUACAAAAUUCUUUGCAGUUGUAUAAGGGAUGCUUUCUGGUGCUAUUACCUCAUACUGUCAUCUGGAAACAUACUUUAGACUAGAUAUUGUCCGUUGUGUGCGUACCUGGCUGUUCAAUGAAGUUAUGGUGUCGUUGAUAUUACUUUCCAUCUCUUAUUUUCAGCUCUUUAUUCAUUCCAUCUGCAUUUAUUUCCAUAUGAAUGUCUUUUUUUCAUGCCUUUGGGUGAAAUAUGGCGUUUUAUCAGUGAAAUAACAGCAGUGAAAGUUUGAUAUUUUCAUUGCAAACAAAGGAGUGAAAAUAUCAACUUUAAAUACUCCUUUUAAAAUCAAAUGUAGUUACUUCCCUUUGAUCGAACCGAGAAUACCUCAUUUUUGAACCAGUUAAUAAUAUCGAAAUAUUUGAUCAAGGAUUGCAUAUGCUCCAAUAAAGAUUUUAUUCUACAAAUAUCCUACAUAUAUCAUGUGGUGAAAUUGAAAAUUAUGAUAUUAUUUCACUAAAGUGACUUAAAACAUUUUACUUUCACCUUUCAAUAUACGUUUAUAUAACCUUCUUUUGUUUAUAAUUUAAAUGCAUUGUAAAAGGCCCUUUACUUAGGAUGUAUCCAAUGGUGCUAGUUAAAAAAAACUCCAAAUUUUUCUUUUUUGAAAAUGUAUGGCAAAUAUAUCAUUAAAAGCUGCAAAAUGAUUUUUAAGGAUGUACUAUAUUACAAAUUAACCAGGUAGAGAAAUAAAUGCAAACGCUUUUAUUUUAAUAUUCUUUUUAUUCAGAUUUAAUUUAAAGGGUGUCUUUAUGUAUUGAUUUUAGGCCAAGACCAUGUUCGUUCUGAAAUUUAGAUGUCUAGAAAGUUCGCUAAGAUAUGUUUUUUAUUUUCUUAUUCUCAUUUCAAACUUGUAAUCUUUAUCCAACUGCAAAGAAUUUCAUUUGAUGUCAUAAACAUGUGUUCGGUAAGUGACAUUGUGUACAUUCUUACAUGUUUAAGUAUUGUGUUAAUCAUGUAAGACGGUGUAGCUUUACAUAGAGUUGUACAUGUUGAUAAAGGCUUAUAAUUCGCGAGGGAUUAAUCUCUACGAGUUUUGAAAAUUUAAAACUUAAGAAAUUACGACUGAUUGUUUUAUGGUUGUUUCUUGUAAUAAAAUAAUAGCGUCGCAAAUGAUGGCUUCGGUCAUUUUUUAAUCUCGUACAAUUAACAAAUAUACAAAGACAAAAAAUGCAAUACAAACUGUUAUUUCGCAACAACAAAGCAUUCUAUAAUGUUAUUGUUUUCUCUGAAUGACUAUUGAGCAGUAUAAUUAUUUUCUUGUUUUCUAUGGAAAAUGGCUGAGUGGUUCCGAAUGUUUGUGUUCAUAUUCUUUUCAUACUAUACUAUUUUUCAUUCUUUAUUUAAGGGGACCAAACUGCUUUUAUUGAAACCAAGGCUCAAAUUUCACGAACUGGUCUUCGUAUAAAUUGUUAUAAUAUUCUCAAGACUUAAAGACUUUUUAUUUCAGAUAAUCACAAGCUUUUUUUUGUUUUGUAAAAAGCAAGUUUAAACUAGCUUUUUGGUUAAACAACUUAAAAUAUUUAAUUGAUUGAAUGAAAUUUGGGCCUCAAAUAUAAGUUGUCAUCUAAUUUUAUAAUCUGAUAAGAAUUUAAACUCUCAGGGGUUUAGGACCUUCAAUUAUUGAUUGAAAAUUGUUUGCACUAAAAUGAAAUAAUUGCUGAUGAUAUUUCCUGCCAUUGACUUUGUAGAUGUGUAUGGUUUAGAAUUCAUUUAUAUUUACUUAGAUUUUUGUUUUUAAAUAUAAUGCUAGUAAUCUGUAACUAAGAUAUUAUCUAGAUGUGUAUUAUUUUGCAACCAGCUACAUUUUUCAUACAUUGCUACAAAUUGAAAAAAACAACACAUUUAUAUAUAAAACUUCUUUGGUUUUGUAAAAUCUAUUUUAAACUAGCAUUUUGAUAAAACAAUUAAUAUAGUUAAUUGAUUUCAUUAAAUUGGGACUUGAACAAUAAUUAGUGAUCCAAUUACCGUAUAUAACUUACUAAGAAUUUAUACUCUUGAAGGUUUAAAAUCUUCAAUAAUUGAUUUAAUAUUUUUUGCACGUAAAUAAAUUAAUUGCUGAUUAUAUUUCCUGCCAUUGACUUUAUAGUUGUAUAUGGUUUGAAAAUCAUUUAUAUUUACUUAGAUUUUUAUUGUUUAAAUAUAAUACUAGUGAUCUGAAACUUAUAUAUAAUCUAGAUGUUUAUUUUUUUUCAAUCAAUUAGACAUGUUUGAUACAUCGCUGAAAUUUCGAACUUGUUUGUAUAGAAUUUUAUUAGAAAGCAUGCAUUUACAUAUUGCAAGACGGCAUUGUUCUGAAGUUAAUUAUUUAGGGCUAUUUCACUUAAACAUAACCCCCUCCCCCCCUAGUGGGAGAGGCAAUUGUUUUCAUAGUAUAUGGGUGGGUGUCUUUUUUAGCAAACUUGGACCCCAAAAGGGUAAAUUUGCUACUGUAGGGGGGUGGCAUAAUUUAUUAGUGCCUUCUCCCAGGGGUUAUAUGCUUAAAUGGAAUAGCCAUAAAAUUAUGUUAUGUUUGUUGAAGAUUUAUAUUCAUUUGUAUAAAUUGAAAUUCAUUUUCACAAAUUCAGUAUGUGCUCAGCUCUGUGUUCAACCAUGAAGAUACUACGCAAUUAAAUCUUGUUGUUUUCUUUUUUAUGAUAUUAAAUUCAGCUGAUUGGUGUAAAUAUUUAUAUUGAUGGUUAUAGAAAUACUUCAUUUGUAAAAGGUAUGGGUACAACUAUUUAAUUUCUAUAUCUACAAAUGAUGUGAGACAUUCCUUUGAUUAUUCUGACAAAUCAAAUUCAUUUCUGCCCUGCCAAUCAUUAGUACAAAAAAUAUAGUGAAUUCAAAAAGGUGAACAUUUUUAGUAUACAAAAAAAACAUCUCUAAUUUUGUCAUUUGGUGGGGGGGGGGGCAAAUUAAAUAAUCAGUACGCCUGUUAAUGUUUGUCAAUUUGUUGUUUUGGAAACAACAACAACAAGAUGAAUGUUCUCUGCCUUCUAUGGCGUUUUUCUGCAUUUUUUGACAUAUACAUAUUGAGAGUUUAUGUAAAAAAAAAAUCAAACCAAUGAACUAGUUGACAAAUUUGGCUAUUUUAAGCUAGUUUUGUUAUGGUUUGUUUUGGCGUUUCUCAGAUUUAUUUUAUUGAUGUGCAAUUCCCAUCUGGUUGUGACGUGAUGCUACAGUAAAUCCAUUUUUACGUGAUUGACAUCGUUGAUGAUACUGAGCUUUAUUUGUCUGUAUUAUUUACAGUGAAAUGUAAUAUGCCACUAUGAAUGAAUACAGUCGAACCCCGUUGGCUCAAACUCCCAGGGACCGGCGAAAAUACCUCGAGCCUCGGAAAAUUCAACUUGCGGGAAUGCUUAACGUGAGUAUAAAUAAAUCCGUUUUGUACAUCCAGUUCGAGACAAUGAGGAAUUCGGGCCAAACGAGUUCGAGUCAACGGGGUUCGACUGUACCAUAGUUAUGAAAAGUACUAACUUCUUUUCUCCAGACAUUCAUUCCAUAUAAUAAUGAUAUAACUGUUUGUUCUUUGUGAGUAUACAUUCUCGUGACUAAUGUUUUCAAUGAUGUACAUUCCAGUUUCCUUUUUUUUCCUUUUCUUCGGUAUCGGAAAGGUAUAUACUUACAUAAAUGUGUUCUGUCGGUUUUGGAAUAUUCAAACUUCUUGUUUAAAUUUAGAUUAAAGUAUAUAAAAAUAUAUUAAAAUGUAUUUAUUUGCACACUGAUAACACUUUUGCUUCUUAUGCAUGUAUACAUAUUUGUUUUACUUAUAAAUACUUGUUAGAUAUUAAUAAAAUUAUUAUUGA